UACACAGUAGACUUCGAGAUUGUACUUCUUUGGCCUAAUAGCGUGUAUCUAACCUGUCCCCGACCUCUUGUAAGAGACCUAAUACCUGCCUGUCGGCACGCCCUGGGCCUCAAAUCAUGGAGGAUGACAUUCCUGAUCUUGUCGACCUCCGGGCAGAAGACGGUGGCCCUUCGGAGACUACUCCAGCGAUGCAAAAGGUGCCCAUCACCAUUGUCACAGGCUACCUUGGUGCUGGAAAGACAACCUUGCUCAACUACAUCCUCACAGCGGAGCACGGCAAGAAGAUAGCAGUUAUUCUGAACGAAUUCGGAAAUACAGCAGACAUUGAGAAGUCUCUGACCGUCAACCAAGGCAAUCAGUCUACUACAGAAUGGAUCCCGCUCGCAAACGGCUGCAUCUGCUGCAGUGUCAAGGAUAGUGGCGUUGCCGCACUCGAGACCCUGGUCGAGCGGCAGAAGGACUUUGAUUACAUCCUGCUCGAAACGACGGGUGUUGCCGAUCCAGGAAACAUCGCGCCAAUGUUCUGGAUGGACGAAGGUCUUGGGAGCAGUAUCUAUCUCGACGGGAUAGUGACAGUGGUUGAUGCCAAAAACAUCUUGAAGAACCUUGAGGAGCCCGCAUCAGAAGAGAUACCGGACUCAGAAGCCCUAGACCGACAACACAACGACCACGACUCCCCACUCAUGACGACCGCACAUUUGCAAAUCUCUCACGCAGACGUGAUCAUCCUGAACAAAACCGAUCUCGUCUCACCACCUCGACUGUCAGAAGUUCAAGCACGAAUAGCAUCAAUCAACAGCCUCGCCCGCCUCAUCCCAACAAACCACUCACAGAUCAGCUCGCUCAGCGGCACCGUCCUUGAUCUGAAUGCCUACUCAACAUUCCCCACCACCAGCUCCAUAUCGACUACUCCAUCAAUACCAGACUUCUCCUCCAAGGGUCAUUCACAUCUCGACCCGACGAUAUCAACCCUAACCCUCCCACUCCCGCCUUUCGACCCACAAAAGCUCCCACUACUAGAAAGCUGGCUGGAGGCGAUCCUCUGGGAAGCCGAUGAUAACCAAGCAGACCAGACGCGCAAGUACGAAAUUCACCGCACCAAAGGGCUGAUACCGCUCUUAGAUGGCACCAUCAGAGUUGUCCAGGGCGUACGUGAGAUCUUCGAAAUCAUCGAGCCUCCGAAACCCUCUGACGGCGAUGCUUCCGCUUCCGCUUCCAACGAUGAGAUCCCAAAAGAAGGAAAACUCGUCUUUAUAGGACGCAACCUCGAUCUCCUUCCUGGCUUUUCAGGUACUUAAUGGAUUUGGUGCGUUGGAAAGAUACAAUACGAUCGGAUCUUAUCGGCGGGACACAACGCGAACCGCCCCGCAAUGUCUGGAAACGCUGCCCAGACUACCACUCGCGUGCCCGGUGGCCGAAAUAGCCAAACCGUGGUGGCAAGCUCAUAGCAUAAGUACGGCCGGCCCGCCGGUGGUGCGAUUGUUAUUGAGGCCGAGUUGACAGGCUUGUGGGCAUGUCACGUUUCUGGACAAGCCACCGCGUAGCAGUCUGACUUGAGGUGGUUGUAGUGUCGAUUAGUUCGUCAAAUUCAAUCGAACAAAAAGCUGUGAAAUAGACACAGAACCGUCCCAUGCACCAAGACUGGAUGCGUCAAUGCUAUCACCGAACAGCCCUGGAUGGAACGUGUAAGGGAACCCGGGUGCGCAUCUUGGGGAUCGCGUCUAGCAGGUACAAGAGACCAUCUUGCCGCCCUUGCCAUCUACUGGCCUUCAACUACUACCUGAUCGAUGACAUAGACCGAGUUUGGAAAUAACCAUGGGUCGAAUAGCCAUGGUUUCUGCGGCAAUCCUGAAUCACGAGCGUCUUUAUUGGUGUUGGAACUUAUUCGUUCAAAUUUCAUCAUCUAAAGAGACUUCAUGAGUUCUGUCUCGCCUCAUGAAGCGGCGCUAUAUGAAUGAAAUAUCUGGAUUACCUGUGGUCCGUUCGCUGCCCGCUGGUAGUAGCCAUAAAGAGACGUGCGUGGUUGAAUCGGUUUCGCAACCAUACAAUGUUGAUAGCGUUAAUUUCAUAGAAUAAGCCAGGACACC